AUGAUGGCCCCUCGCAUUCACAUUAAGCAAAAACAAAGCCGCUGCCCUGCAUGCCAGCUUCAUAUUCUGAUUGUUGGAGCUGGCCUCGCAGGACUCGGCUCCGCCAUUAGCUGUGCUCUGGCCGGACACGGUGUUCACGUUCUCGAAGCUGCCGCAGAAAUUAAAGAAAUCGGCGCUGGUAUCCAGGUUCUUCCUAACAGCUCGCGCGUCCUACAAUACUGGGGUCUGGAGGAGGUGUUGACACCACAUAUGACUCAUCCGAGUGUGUGUAACUUUAAUGGAUGGAAGGGGAAUAAAAUAUCCCACUUGGAUUUUCAUGAAUCCGCUAGCCAUUAUCCCGGAACAUGGUAUCGGGACUUUCAUCGUGCUGAUCUUCAGCGGUGUCUGAUGGAAAGAGCCCUAGAACUUGGUGUGCAAAUAACGUGCAAUGCACGCAUCAGAACAGUUCGCGUGAGCAAUGAUGGAGCCACAGCAACUGCAAUCGCUGUGGAUGGUCGACAGUGGGAAAGCGAUCUAGUCAUUGGAGCAGACGGCGUGUUUGGGAAGCUGACAGAGGAGUUGCUUGGGCGCAGCGAUCCACCAGUCAAAACGGGGGAUCUUGCAUAUCGUCUAUUGUUAUCGACCGAAGAUAUGCGAAAAGAUCCAGAAUUGGCUCCCUUUGUGGACAAGCCACAAGUCAACUAUUGGCUGGGCCCUGAUGCUCAUGCUGUCAACUAUGUGCUUAGAGGGGGACAUCUGUUCAACAUGGUGUUACUUGUGCCAGACGACAUCCCUGAGACUGGCGCAUCGACGAUAGAAGGAAAUGUGGAGGAGAUGUGCGCAUUAUUCAAAGGCUGGGAUCCACGGAUUAAAAAGCUACUGAAGCUCUGCCAGUCGGUGCAGAAAUGGAGGCUCUGCAUCCGAUUCGGGGAUUUUGACUGGUCUCACCCGUCUGGCUCAUGGGUAAUGCUGGGAGAUGCUGUGCAUGCCACUUUGCCAUAUCUAGCUUCUGGAGCCGGCAUGGCCUUUGAAGACGGUGCCGUUCUCGGCGAAUGCCUAUCCCGUCUCCCUAAUCGUCCCAAUAUCAUGAAGACGUCGCCCGAGUUUCUGAAUGCGAAAAAACACGCCCUCUCUGUUUUCCAACAAUGUCGCAAGGAGCGUACAAAGAUGGUUGUUGAUCGCGGAAACAUUCAGCAGUAUCUAUACCACCUGCACGACGGACCGGAACAACAGGAAAGAGAUCGAAAGAUGCAGAUGAUACCCACACCUGAAGGCGAAGCUCUAGCCUGGAGAGAUCCAGGCUUGGCCCCAAAACUAUUGGGGUAUGAUCAUAUCGCAGAUUACUUGGGCUUAUCAUCGAAGGCGGCGGAGAAAGAGCCUCCCCGAGGCAUUCCUGCAUCAUGGUAUCGCUCUGAAGCGAUGUACCAUCUAGAACGCCGAGCGAUUUUCUCCAAGCACUGGAUCCUCCUCACGCAUUCGAGCCGAUUUACAAAACAAGGCGACUUUCUCUCCUUCACAGUCGCAAACUAUUCAUUCUUCUUGAUCAAAGACCGUGAUGGUAGUAUCAACGGCUUCCAUAAUAUCUGCCGGCAUCGCGCAUUCCCCAUCGUGCAGACCCGUUCUGGAUCUACUUCGAUUCUUAGCUGCAAAUACCAUGGGUGGUCCUACGGGCUCAAGGGGAAUCUCUCCAAGGCACCGCGCUUCGAAACCGUCCCAGAAUUCGACAAAAGCCAGCAUGAGCUACUUCCCAUUCAUGUUCAUAUCGACAACGCUGGCUUCAUCUGGGUAAACCUCCAAGCAGGCGAGCCGGAUGUGAAAUGGGAAGAUGAGUUCCAGAGAAUCGACGAGCAACCGCGGAUGCAAGAUUUUGACUUUGCCGGGGACUACACAUAUGACCAUUACUGGGAUAUGGAGCUGGAGGCAAACUGGAAGGGGGUAAUUGAGAACUACAAUGAGUGCUAUCACUGCGCGACUUCUCAUCCACUCAUCAGCCAAGUGUCGGAUCUCCCUCGGUAUCGCGUCGAGCCUACUGCCGGAUACAUGGAACAUCACAUUUUCAAUAAGGAGCAGAUUGAUGCCCAGUUUAAGCGUGCAAUUACGUAUUUCUUUCCAACAACAUCAGUGACAGUCACCGGUAAAUUCUUCUAUAUCCAACGCAUGAUUCCGGUUUCUGCGACUAAGAGUAAGAUCGAAAAUGAAGUAUACCGACAUAAAAAUGCGACGGACAAAGAAUUCGACGAAAUAAACACUUUUUAUCGGCAGGUGCUUGAGGAGGAUAAGGAGCUGUGCGUCGGAGCGCAGAGCAAUCUUGGUGGCGGGGUCUUUGUAAAUGGCGAGCUUCACCCAAACAAGGAGAAGGGACCGAUUUAUUUCCAGAAUCGUGUGAAGGAGAUAGUCAUGCAACACCGUGGAAAGGAAGAGCAGCAAGGAGAACAAGAAAUAUGGCCUGCUGUACCUAAGCUGCCUGGGACUAUGACCGAGAAGUUGGUUGAGGAGGAACAAUUCUGCUCACAGGUAGAGUCCGCUAGUUGCAUGACCAGACCAGAACUUGCAUGGUGAUUAUGAUGGCAUAGCGCAUUGUUCGCGGUCUACUGGGUUUUUCUGCAUCAGAUUAAGAUGUCCUGU